UUCGAUUCAUUAUAAUUUUCCGCUUCAUUUGAGCCUAGUUACAAUAUUUUACGAAAUCGCGUUGAAUUUUAAUUAACAAAACAAAAAAAUAUAAUAGUUCGAGUUCUUAAUACGCGGCGCCGCUAGUGUCGCGCUCCGCCGCUUGUAUCGGGCCUUUGUAUUGCCCACCAGUACGGCCGCCGCCGGCCAGCAGCGACACGUCUCACCGGUCAUUGUACGCGCUCGGUCAAAACAUCGCGCCGCGUCGCGAUGUUUUUCGAAGUUAGGUUCGGGUUCAAGUCGAUUCGGGUCAUUCAGGAGGGCGUGACGUUACAAUAUCUAUUUAUAAUAUUAAAAUAUUAAAUUUAUAAUAUUCUAAAUAUUAUACGUCGUUAUAGGAAAUAUAGUCAUUUGAAAUAUUUGUCUCUUCUAAAUAAGAGUACAUUUUUAAUUGCAAGGAGGAUCGUUCUGUAACGUUUGCGCUCGUACAGGCGAAAUCUGAUCAUUCAAAUGCUGGCAACCACAAGUUGCGGCAGCCUUCACGCAAACAACCACAUUCCAUCAUGUAGCGGACAAAUUUUGCUUCAAUUUCAUGUAAAAUUUUUAUCAAUACACGAUGAGCGCUAAUAAUCAACAAAGGGAGGUUUCUUCGGACAUCUGGUUGCCAGGAGGUUGCGGCAGACUAAAAGAUGUAUUUCGAUGAAAUAACAGGUCAAUGAUCAUGCAGCCAUAUCUUAGACAUUGUUUGCUAAUCUGUCGGCCACAUUUUUUCCUCACGCAUAUCAGAUAAGUAGACCAUUUUUAUGCGUAAACGGCGAAUAUAAAUAUGACGAUUUCGAAAUUACACAUCAAAGUACUCUGAACCGUUGAAUGACUGAGUGUUUCUCACCGACGAAAAGUUGAAAUUACCGUAAGUUGCCGUUGAUGUGUUAGCAUAUCACGAAAACAUUAUUUUCUCAAAAUUUGAAUCACCCUAUAGCUCGUGAUACCCAAUUUCAUCGUACAACAUUCUUUUGUUCAUCGGAAGAAAAUGAGCAGUCUGACAUAAAUAAAAUUACAGGAGAAUACAAUCCGCGUUGUGUCAAUUGAAAACAAAAUCGACAACUGAUCGCACAUUAAUUUCGUCAGAAUAAUCCACCUUCGGAUAUGAUUGCCACCGUUUUCUUCGGACUUUUGUGCUUGGGGCCAUUGAACGUGAUGGGAGGUGAAUCCGAUUGGUUGCCGGAUACGAUACCGUGGCCAGCGCAGCAGUGCAUCGAUUUGAACUUAGGCUACGACGGAGAAUGUACGAUAGCGCCGGAUGUGAGAAGUGCAUUCUAUAAGAAUACCUCUCCAUGCAACAGUUUAAAAUGCGCUUUACCCGUACGGGGUGGGCACGUUAUGAUAAGGAACGGAAGACCUAAGGAUGGUACACUUUGUGGUAUUUUAAAAGCCUGUAGAGGAGGAAAGUGCGUCGACAUUGCUCCUCACAAAAUCCCAACUCAAACUGGUAUCCAAACCACCCAUGACUGCAGACCUCGAAGCAUGAUGCCAGAACGAAAAAGUAAUUCGAACAAAUGAAUUCGAAUGGUUCUUCCCAGAUGGUGUGAUUAUUGGCUAAAUUUGAAGAUUUUCAAUGGUUGUUAUUGAUUGAGUAGUUGAUUGACAUUGCAACAUGUUAAAAACUGCAUAAUCGGUGGAUCUGAAUAAAUGCGAACUGCGAAAUCAGAAA